AUGAGCACAACAAAUAGUGAUGUAUUAUCCCGAAUUCAUUGUGGUUAUGAACAAUUGAAGACUUUCAACCGUACCAAGUCAGAUGGAGAUUUGAAGCCAGAGCGCCGCGUUCGCUUUCCUGACGAUGAGGUCAUUUCAGAUUACUUGGAGCCUUUUCGACCGGUUCCGGACAACUGUACCAGCGAGGAGUUGAUUACCGCAUACAUCGACUCUUGUUAUCAUUACAAAGUUCAACCAAUCGAAUUCCUGCUUGAACAACUGAAAGUGAGUCUGCAAUGUUCCACCAUACUUUUGUAA